GGCUCCGAUGACCGCUAUCUCGAGACAGAGUUUGCUCCCAAAGGCCAGUACCUAUUGCUUCAACUGCACGGCGCCGGCAAUGUCACCAAAUAUCCCAUCCCUUUGGACACCUAUUCAGCCAAAAUUCACGGCAAAGGGUGGACGGGCUCUGCCGUCAUUCCCGGCCAUCUCUUGCCGCCAGAGCUCUCCAAAUUCAACGCCUUUGCCAUUCACGGCACAGACCCCGAGCGCCAGUAUUUGGCACUGUAUCCAGUUCCCUUUGGCAAAUUUGAUAAACCAAACUUCCAUCGCUUGGAGUACUUCCAGAAGUUUGAUCUCAAAUGA